AUGUUAAAAAAUAAUCUACAAAAAACUGUUUUGUUGGUUGUUGGAAGGUUAAAAAUCAGAUCUUCCAGGAUUCCAUAUAUUGUCACUUCUGAUAUCAAAUGGACUUAUUCAAAUAACGAAUCGCAAUCUUCAAGUACUUCAG